AGAACGAACCAGUUCUCCUAGAGCGCGAACAAACCACGCAGUGCCUUAAGGCUAUUUCGCCGUCGAUAUUGCAUGCAACACUGGUCCUAUUAUUAUCACAAAAUCCCCGCUAUUCUAUACUUCCCUGGCUGCUUAAUUGUGGCGCUAGCAGAUAAAAAACGAUUUGUUGGGUGAAAGUUCAUUCCGAGCCCAUGUGUCAAGUGUUACAUGUAAAGAGACGGGUCAACUAAGAAGGACGGCAGUAGGCAUCGCGACAAGGUGAGACCGGCGGCGGCACCUUGAAUCACAUUCGGGGACUGCUGUAGCAUUGUGUUUGGCGAUGCUUUGUUCUCCAGCAGCAGUCAGACCAGCCCACCGCCAUGCCAGUUUUACACAGAUAUCAUUCCGUAGUUCCCCUGCAACCGUCUGACUACAGGGAGUAUCAGGGAGUCAUGUUUUCGGCGCUGUAUCCACCGGAAGACAUCAGGGCACUUCAGGGAUUUCAAGUUCGAGACGAUGACAUUUUCAUCGCCAGCUAUCCACGGUCAGGUUCCACGUGGAUGGAAGAGAUCGUGUCUCUCAUCUUUAACGGCGGGGACGUGAGCCGGGUGGCGACCGUGCCUGUGUACGAGCGGGUCCCGUGCCUGGAGGAGCGGCCGGUCGGGACCAGGGUGCCCAACCGCCUCCUGCUGGACGCCGCCCCGGGACCCAGAGUCAUGAAAACCCGCCUGCCCUGGUGCAUGGUCCCGCCACAGGUCAGGCAGGGGAAAGGCAAGGUGGUGUAUCUCGCCAGGAAUCCCAAAGACACGUGUAACUCCCUCUACCACUUCCACCGCAUGAGCCGAUGUCACGUCACACCGGAGUCAUGGGCAGAGUUCUUCUUUCAUUUCGUCGAAGGCAAAGUGGAGUUCGGUUCUUGGUUCGACCACAUCCUCGGCUGGCAGACCCACGCCAGCACACAUCCCACAAAAAUGCUGUUCGUCAAGUAUGAAGAUUUACACAAGGACCCUCACAUGGUGGUGGCGCGGGUGGCACAGUUCCUGAGCAGGCCCCUGCCCCCACAGACGGUCGACACCAUCGUGAAACACUGCCGGUUCGACAACAUGAAGGCCAACCCCAUGACCAACUACUCCAACGACGACCGCUUCGACUUCAGCCAAUCAGAGUUUUUGAGAACAGGAACUGUGGCGAACUGGAAAAAGUUUUUCCUCGUCAUAAACAGCCUGGAUUUUGACCGGAUCUACGCGGAGCGCAUGCAGGCGAGCGGUCUGCAGUUCGACUACGACAGAACCGGAGAGUUCGGAGCGGACAGAGAUUUGGAUGAUUAUUGUUUCAGAUAAAAAAGGAAACAACAUUUAUGUCCGCAAAAUAACAAUGGUGCUAAAGAAA